UUUGCUUUCGACCAUCAUCCGAGACCACGGAAGCGACCACUCCACAACAUCGAGUCCUGAGCAUUUAAUUACACCGCUUUUCAAGGUUGAUCACAAUGAAGUCUUCGAUGUACAACCUUGCUGCCGCCAUUCUUCUGGCCAUGUUCGUUUUCAUCUUCAUAACAGUAGAGGGUGCGCCCAUGGAACCAGAUGACGAACAAUCUGAAAACGUGCUAAUGGGCCAUCCAGACAGCGACGGAGAUCUCUCAGCCCCAUGGGACUCUAUCAACACCGCCGCACUCCGCAAGCUGCUUCUUGAACUCGAUGCUGAAGAAAGGUUGGGCAGAGCCACCCGUUCGUGGCCUCAAGCUGAACCCCGCGGAUGGAGCCUCAGGAACAUGGAGGGGCGACUGGCGCGACCGUGGCGGGCGGACAAAAGGCAGGUUCGAUUCCGGCAGUGCUACUUCAACCCGAUCUCCUGCUUCCGCAAGUGAACAACCAGCUCGAUCUACAAUGCUAACGACGUCGCUGCCAUGACCUAGUCUUUCCCAAAAUGUGUCAAAUUAUGCACUAAAUCUUGAUAAACAAAUGUGAAUACGAAGUCCCAUCCAGCAGUGUAUUUAGACGUAUCCUCGACAUGUUAUUUCCGCAAACUGUGGCACCCUUCAAAUGAAAUGUAUGCAAUGACUGUUCAGCUUGAAUAAAAUAUUUUGCAAAAGCACUCAUUCUAGCUGUUUAUUUAUUGUCUAUACACAUUGUAACAUAGUUUUAAAGAGUAGGUAUUGUAUGUUCAAAAAACAUUAUGAUAGUAUUAUUAGUACAACAGUAUUUUAUCUAGGUCGUGGUGUAAUUAAGAUUGUAUAUUAUCUUCUUAUUUUAGUAUACCUAUUUUCAUACACGUACUAUAUACAAUUUAGUAUUGAAUGAUGUACUCUCCGUUAUUUAUAUUACUUACUGCUAUUAACCUAUAAUCUGUACGUGUUAUGAAGAUUUGAAUAUUAUUGUAUUGAAGUAUUAUAAAUGUCACUGUGCGUACUUAAGGUAUGUAAAUUAAAUCUAGUCAAUGAAAUAAAAAUUGUUUGUCUAGAA